AUGGUGGAAUAUAAAAGGCGAGCUUAAUAGAUUCUUGUGCUUGUCUUCAAUAAAAGGCGGCUGCGUUUUCCUUCCUCAAUUCAAUCAUCGUCGUCGUCUUCUUUCUUUCUUUCUUUCUUCUUCUCAGAGAAACAGAAAGAGAGAGAGAAUGUCUGGAGGGAUCGCGCGUGGUCGUCUCGCCGAGGAACGCAAAUCCUGGCGGAAGAAUCACCCCCAUGGUUUUGUGGCGAGGCCAGAGACGGGUCCAGAUGGCUCCGUCAAUUUGAUGGUUUGGCAGUGCUUAAUCCCCGGAAAAGCCUCUACUGAUUGGGAAGGUGGCAACUAUCCACUUACACUCCAGUUCAGCGAGGAUUACCCCAGCAAACCCCCAAAGUGCAAGUUCCCACAGGGUUUUUUCCACCCUAAUGUGUAUCCUUCUGGAACUGUUUGCCUUUCAAUUCUCAACGAGGACAAGGGGUGGAGGCCCGCCAUCACAGUGAAGCAAAUCCUAGUAGGCAUUCAGGAUUUGCUUGACCAGCCUAAUGCUGCUGAUCCAGCACAAACUGAGGGUUAUCAGCUCUUCAUCCAGGAACCAGCUGAGUACAAGAGAAGAGUGAAGCAGCAGGCAAAGCAAUAUCCAUCCGUUAUCUGACAAUUGCUUUUGUUAACUCAUUGUUUAGUCAAACAAAAUCAUGCUCAAGGCUCUUCGCAAGACUUGACCUACCUUAUAAGUAGGUUAUUAGCUGACUUGCAUCCUUUUUCUCCCUUUGUUUAUGGUUGUAUGUGUAUUGUAGUUGGUUCUCAUUCUCAAUUGUGACAAUACUCAAAAUUUGUAGGCACUAGAGGCUCUUAUGCACAACUUCAAACUCCAAUCUUGGUGUACUUUGUUCUGGAUUUGUUAUCACUGCUGUUCUGGGAAACUCCUCUUCUACUCAUGCCUUUAAUUUCUUCUUCUUUUUUU